CAAAACAAUCAGUUGACAUUUGAAAAUUCGAAGUUUAACAAAAACAAAUAUGAGAAUAUUACUUGGGCUCUAGAGAAUUGUUGCAGCUUUUCGGUUAUAUUCUUGGAAUGGACUCUUUCUAAAUGCAGAUUCAACUCAGUGAAUAAUUGGUUGCAGCUACGUUCGGACCGUGUGCAAAAAGAAGGCUCAAAUGUAGCAUAAAAAUGGUGUCCCACCCAAAAAAAAAAUACACCGAAAGUUAUGAUGCUUUUCGCACCUACAGGCGGUACUUAAACGCGUUGAGCCGCCUGCAUUGGAUGCACAGUUCAACGCAAGCAGGAUCAACUUCAUCGCCAACCCAUCCGCUGAGUCGCCUACCUGCAGGCAGUUCGUGCCGCAGCUGUCACUGCAAUAAGGUAAAAAAGGAACAGUUAUGUGGUAAUGAAGUACCUGCCACUUUUCGCACGAAACGACCAACAUAUAUCGUUUUCGAUGAGGUGGAUCCUAUUGCUGCUUUGGAGGAGAGCUUUGAAUUAACCGCAGAUGCUCCAUCCAAGGACACCGUAUUUGUUCAGCACAAGGCCACCCAGACAGACGACCGUAUCUUAUUGUCACCAUCGUUUUUGAUGAUUAAAGGGGACUCGCUAGAUCCAGUCAAUCAUAAUUCUACAGAGGAGGAAUCAAAAACGCAGGAUGAAAAAAUAAGAGGAACAACGCACGAUUACGACGAUGAAAUAAGGACGCCUCUUUCCGAAUUCUAUUACACAUCGGCGAAUUCCAAGCGACCAAUUAAAAAACCAGAUACAUCAAAGGAUUCUCAACGGUCAGGGGCGAGAUUCGAUACAUUUAAAAAAUCAAACAAGUUUGUCUCGAAUAAACAUUUUUUCGAACACAUACCCUUUUUGAAACGACCCAUAAUAACAGUAAGGUCCGCCAGCAGAAAAAGUGAAAAUGUUCAAAGAGAGUCUAAGCCCAAGGAACGAUUAAUAACUUAUGAAAAGAAGAGACCAACUUACGAAAAAGAAACGCAAUACGAAAUAUAUGAAAUGGAUGAAAAACCUCCCAGAAGAUCUGACAUACCGAUUUUAGGCCACCAACUGAGCAGAAUUCGUUUCACAAUUGAUCAACUAGAGGCACAGCUGGAGAAACUUCAAAAUGACGUCGACGCACUUAAAAGUAAGAGAAGGCAAGAGGUUCAGGAGAGUGCUCGACAACAUUGUUAUAUUAAGCCCGAUAGAAAUCGAUCGCUGGAUAGGUUUGUAGUAAUCAAUGCCAGCAGUUUGUCUCCUCCAGUCAAAACCCAAAGUGGUUUAAAAAUUAUUAAGAUACCCAAGGACUCAGAUAUCUCCUAUGUAGAUAAAAUCAGUUGUCAAACAAAUGCGCCGAGGGAGCCCACCGCUAAUAGAAAACCGACCCAUAGCACAUCCUUUAUACGUGUGUGCGAAGAAAACGCCAGCGGAUUGUUUGGACCUAAGGAAUUAAAAGGCAUUUGGCCACCCGACAAAGGUAAUUCAAUAGAUGUAAAGCUUCCUUUUAAUACCUCUACGGAGUCGUUUAAGCCCUGUACUUGUGUCCGAAACAAGCCAAUAGGUCAAGAAUCCAAUAACAAUAUUCAACUAGAAUACAAGAAACCAUUUUUAAUUCAGACUAAGUCUAAUACAAAUAGUUCGAUAGAAUCUAAGAAAGCCACUACCCUUAAGCAGCCUAUUAUUGUUGUGUCUAACUAUAAAGCGAAAACUUCGUCUGAGGCCGUCGAGCCAUGUUUUUGUGACCAGGAAGAACCAAAAGUCCAGCCGAAAUCGGAUAAUCUGCUGGAGCACCAGCCCUCAAGUGUAUGUCAGUUCUGCUCGAAAAAGGUUGAGCGAGUGUUGGAUGAUCUAGUUGGUACGUUGGUUAAGGUGAUUGGCAAUCGGCCCCUUAAAACUAUCUUGCUGUCUAUUCUCCUGCGCGCCGACAAUGUCUAUCAUGUUAAUGUACAGGUGAGGGAGACAAUGCAUGUACUCGGGUGCUUGCUGGUCAAUCACGCCGCCAUAGAGGAGGCUAUCAAACAGGGCAUAUUCAAAGAGAUUCUCACCUACUCUGUGAUUGAUGUGCGUAAUACGAUCAAGCCAAUCGGUCCUCCAAUCGGUAUACCAUUUGAAUUCAUUGCAAAGCCGCGAAAAAAUGCUCAUAACUAUACAAAAAAGGCUGAAUCUGCCAACAUUGAGGAUCUGAGAACCCAGGCUUUUAUCACUAAUGUUCUCGGAGUACCAGCCGAUAAAAUAAGUAAAAAUGGCAAGUAAUUCUAAUUUCGCACAAUUUCGGAAGAUUUCUGCAAGAUUAUCAACUCAAGCUAUUAUUCAAAACAAAUCAAUCAAGAUAUGCUUAGUGCCGUAAUCUAUUUAAAAUUGAUCGAAUCAACAUACGCAUAUUGAGUAAAAUGAUUUGUUUCUCGUAUAACUCAUUAUAGGCGUUGAUAAGAACCAUUUUAUUCAAACUGACACAACUUUUCGAGAGUAUAAUAAAUCGUCUGCAACUAAAUGUUAAAGAUAAAA